AGCCACUCAAGAUGGAAAUGUUUACGCCAGCUCCCGAUCCAGCCACUCCCCUGGGGCGGUAUCGUGUCUUGUCGUCCACCGCCGGCAUCAGAGUGUCUCCCCUGCAGCUUGGUGCCAUGUCGAUUGGCCAAGCAUGGAACGACUUCAUGGGAUCCAUGAGCAAAGAAGACUCCUUCAAGCUCCUCGAUGCUUUUGAAGCUGCCGGCGGCAACUUCAUCGAUACUGCAAACAACUAUCAGGCUGAGGAGAGCGAAGAAUGGAUUGGAGAAUGGAUGGAAAAGAAGCAGAACAGAGACUUCAUGGUCAUCGCAACCAAAUUCACCACGAAUUACCGAGUCGAAAAAGAUGGAAAAGGCAAGACGGUGAACCACUGUGGAAACCACAAGCGAUCACUCCACAUGUCUCUGCGGGACUCCCUGAAGAAGCUCAAGACUGAUUGGAUAGACAUUCUGUACGUCCACUGGUGGGACUGGACAACCUCGAUCGAGGAGAUGAUGGAUUCCCUGGAUGCCGUUGUCAAACAGGGAAAGGUCCUAUACCUGGGUAUCUCAGACACUCCCGCAUAUAUUGUCUCGGCAGCCAACGCCUAUGCCAAGGCGAAUGGCAAGACACAAUUCAGUAUUUAUCAAGGUCGCUGGAACAUCAUGCUCAGAGACAUGGAGCGCGAGGUCAUCCCGAUGGCUCGUCACUGGGGCAUGGCACUCGCGCCAUGGGAUGCUAUUGGCGGAGGAAAGUUCCAAUCGAAGAAGCAGCUGGAGGAGCGCAAGAAGAAUAACGAAGGUCUCCGAAGCUUCACGGGCGGAGGUCAGACCGAGCAGGAGGAGAAGAUUUCUGCAGCGCUCGAGGAGGUUGGUAACAAACAUGGCGUCGAGUCUCCAACAGCCGUUGCUCUGGCAUAUGUGAUGUCCAAGACACCUAACGUGUUUCCAAUCGUAGGAGGACGAAAGGUGGAACAUUUGCACCAGAAUAUCAAGGCCCUCGAAAUCAAGCUUUCGAGUGAGGAUAUUGAGAAGUUGGAGAGCGUCGUUCCAUUCGAGCCUGGCUUCCCGAAUAACUUCGUCGGAGCAGAUCCACAUGUUACUGGAGAGCCAAGCGUUUUGGUUGGCGCUGUUGCUCCGAUGGCCUUUGUGCGAGCCCCCAAGGCGAUUGGUCACGAGUAAAACGCUCGACCAGUGAAGAUUAUCAGAGAGGUGAGGCGAGACCACGAUGGCUCAUCUACGAGGAGCACAGGCUGGCUUCUGAAUAGACGGGCCUUACAAUGACAUGAAACUUCGUCUGAGAAAAAUUCUCUGUCAAGAUUCUACUUCGCCAAGGUUGGAAAUGUCGUUGCCGUUGCUCGGAGCUUCUAAGUGUCAGCAAUGACUUGAAGAAAAUAACUUAAGACUUGUUCCGGAAUGAUGUUCGCAAGACAUAGUACGUAACUCAAUCGAUUGGCGUGACCUGUGCCCUUUAUGAAGGCCACAUGAGUUAAGAAAUGAAGCUGAAAUGGACUUAUGGUAGACAACAAG